UCAGAGGCUCCAUUUUCCGUCGACCCACUCUGGCAAGAUCGGCUUGCCUCGUCGACUCUUCUCUCAGCGUACUUUCUGAUUACGACUUCGCUUUCCGGACGACACGGUGUCGUCGAAGCGCGGAAAUUCUGUUCGCCGAGCAAUACUUCAUUCAUUGCGCGUUAUCUCGUUUCUUUAGGGAUUCCCUCUUCCCUAGGGUUAUAAUCGGGUUAUUUAUCAAUGGCGAAGGCGAUGUCGCGAUGGGGCCUGGAUAAGCUCCUUAGCUCGCGCGGCAGCGACAAGCUCGUGUCGCUGCUUCUUCCCGACGGAAGCAUGGAGAUGUUCGGCGGGGGAAAGACCGUCGCGGAUAUCAUGGCGGAAUACCCGGGCCACCACGUCGGCAGCAUCACCUCCUCCCGCCCGUGCCUCGCGCCGCAAAAAUCGCUCCACCCCGGCAGCACGUAUUACCUCGAGCCUACUAAGCAGUCGCGGCUCGAAGGAGCUAAGUCCCUCCCUUCCAAGGAUUUCAAGGGGUAUCUUGACGGAGAUCGCAAUAAUAACGGUCCGAGUCGUCACCAGCGUGCUCGCAAGGAGACGACGCGGGUCGAUCAGAACGAAGACGACGACGACUUUUUGACGCAGAACCGACAGACGGCCGGGUUCAUUCCGCGCCGCAUGUCGCUCGACGCCGGCGCGCUUUUCAGCCGCCAAGCAAGCACCGACGCGGGCGCCGCCGCCGCCGCCGCGCUCGCUUCUUCCUCACGCCACCGUGACGUGUUCGACGCCACGUCGGACGACGACGAAGACGACGAGGAGAUGAUUUCCCCGUAUCCGGGUGCCAACAGUGCUGCUUCGGGGCGAUCGCGACGCGCGUCCGUCUCCGACGCGAGAUCCGCCCGAGUCGCCGCCGCGUCGCUGGCCGAAGCGCGGCAGCUCUGGGAAGACGAGAUGACGCGCCGUCAGGCCCAUCCGGCGCGGCACGAGCGCCAAGAUCCAUUCGCCGAUCGUCAGAGUGGCUACGACAGCGACCGUGGCUACUAUGGAAACGAAUCGUCUGGGAUGGACUAUGGCUACAACGCAGGCCCCGCCAACGGGCUUCAAAGCCCGCACCCGCAGUUCGAGCGCCAACCGUCUUGCUGCCGCUCCUGCGGCGGCUGCGGCGGGGACGGCGGAAGCAUGCGCUCGUCGCGCGCCCCCUCCCCCUCGCCUCGGGCUCCCCCACUGGUCCGAUCCGCUUCCGCCGCCGCCUUCCCCGACUUCGAAGGCGGGGAUAUCGCCCCCGGCGGCGACUACGCCGCGGUCUCCACGGAGUUCGCGAUCGGCGGAAGGGUUGGGCCCCGCGCGGUUCACCGCAGCUCCAGCGCGCAAGAGCGAGCAGCGCGGUCCGCCUUCCCAGAUUACGACGCUUCCGCCGCCGCCGCCGCGUGUGGGUUAGUCCCGUCCCCGUCGCCGCCGCCGCCGGGGCUGGCGCAGUGGCAGCAGCAGCAGCAUGCCUUUUCGCGAUCCGCCACUUACAGCCGCAACGAUCCGCGCGGAAGCGCGGAAAAUAUUCCGCUCGAUCCGCGGCCUGCGCACGCGCGCUUCCCCUCCGCGCCGUCGACGCCCGCGCGCCGAACGAGCCUGGAUCAUCGCGCGAUGCGCGCGAGCCGUCCGGACCCUGCUGACGUGGCCACCGUCGUCGGAUCGAGCCGCGGGAGCCUAGAGGUUCGGAGCCCCGUGUUCGCCGCGGUUGACUCGGACGGCGAGAGCCAAUGGGAUGACGGCGAGAUUGCUGACGAGGACGGGAGCGUGAAGUCGGGUUACUCCCUGCCGUCGCCCCAUGACGUGGCGGCGGCUAAGGAAAGGCGGCGGGAGCGGGAGAAGCGGGAAUGGAUGAUGAUGCAGCGACAAAUGCAGCAGCAGCAGCAGCAGCACAUGCAGCAGCAGCACAUGCAGCAGCAGCACUUGCAGCAGCAGCAGCAGAUGCAGCAUUAUCAGAUGCAGCAGUUUCACCAGCAGCAUUUCCAGCAGCAGGGGAGGCAGCAGAUGGUUCACCAGCAACGGGCUUCCUCUCCCCGCCUCCACCAGCAGCACCACCUUCACCAGCAGCAGCAACAGCCACGUCUAUCCCGCCGGACUGCCAACUCAGCAUCCGGUCGCUCUGCCGGGCUUCCGCCUCGGGCGGUGUCGCCACUUCCUCCACUCCCGUCCAGCCAUGUGUCGCCUCCAGCCUCAGGCGAUUUUGUGUGCAGCCCUGGGGGAAUGGGGGCCUCACAUGAUAGGAGUGAGACGAUGAGGGAUGGGGCUCUUAUCAAGAGUGAUUCUAGAAGCCGCUCGUUUACUUCGUUGGUUACCUGCAGCGAGGAAUCCAUGGCUGCACAGCAGAUGUCUGGCAUGUCCUCAUGGGGUUCCUUCCCUAGCCUAGACUCCUUGUCCCCGGAAGGCUCCUCUCAGGCUACUGUGUCCCCUAGCCACCAGUUCUAAUUCUGUUCAUUUAUGUGUGUAUUAUUGGUGUGGCAUCAUGUGUGAAGGUGACUGAAUUCUGAAGGAU